AUGUGUUGCUUUCGAGUUGCAGAGGUAUUCCUUGAAGAUCCUCCGCCUGAGAAGAAGAAGGAAGAGAAAAAGGAGGAGAAAGUGAAGAAGAACUAUGUUCUUGUGUCGGAUCAGCUAAAUCUUCAGCCCAUCACUUCACCGGCUCCGAUGUACUACCCAGGCGGAUCACAGGCUACCGAGAUUCAGUUCUACUCAUCCCAGCCAGCCGCCGAGCCCGCCAAUUUCAAUCACUAUCAGGGACUCACCUCGAAGCAGGUCAAUGACCGCAACAUUUCCCGCGCUCAGAAUCAUGGAGGCUUCAAUCCGGUCCAACUUGUCCCUCAGAACGCUUCUCCCGACAAUGAGUACUAUUGCCGAGAGUUAGAUGGUACCUGGACCGUGCGUACUGUCAACACGAUCAUGAAUAGCCUGAAUCCUGGCCAGUGGGCUUACGCUACCACUGGUUAUCCGUACUGGGUUCGCCACUCGAAGGAUUAA